GGGGUUCAUACAGCACUAGUGGCUUAACAUCAGCACCUAAGUGCUGUGAUAGAGUGAUCAUGGAGCUGAAAUCUUCCUCCAUUCUCGUCUUCUGCACUUUAAUUCAGGUCUCCUUUCAUCAUCCACUCAGUCGUCCAAGCAAUGGUCUUCGUGAGUGUCGCAAAAACUCAUCCUUGACAGCUCUGGAGGUGCUGCCUGGUGGAGGCUGGGACAACCUGCGUAACCUGGACAUGGGACGGGUCAUGAACUUCAGCUAUUCACAGUGUCAGACCACAGAGGAUGGUGUUUAUCUCAUCCCAGAUGAAGUCUUUGUCAUACCACGGAAAACAAGUGGAGUAGAGUCAAACUCACAGAUCAUCUCCUCAUGGCUUGAGCAGAGCAGCUCCACUUCAUUCUCUGUCAAUAGUGAUGUGUCAUUCUUCUCUGUGCUUAAUGCCAAGUUCUCAACUGAAAACAAACGGAUGAAAACCCAUCAAGUCAGAGAGAGCUCAGUUACAGCUCGUGUUCAGGUGCGCAAUCAUCUCUACACAGUGAGGGCUUAUCCUGAUUUCACACUGGACACUCGUUUUGCUCGUCAGGCAGAGGAGAUUGCUGAUGCCAUUGAGAACAACCAGACUCGUCAAGCUGCGUACCUGUCAGAGAGGCUAAUUCUUGAUUACGGCACGCAUGUCAUAACAAGCGUUGAUGCUGGUGCCACUUUAGUCAAUGAGGACUAUCUCAGGGCAUCUUAUGUGUCCAAUAAUCAGCAAGCUCAGUCUUCAAUUUCUGCGUCAGCUGGUUUAAACUUCUUUAAUAAAGUUAAAUUUGACAUUGGCACUAAGUACAGCCAUGAGACAACUGAAACUCAUAAUUAUCAAGACAACAUUACAUAUUCUAUAACACUGAGCCAUGGAGGAGCUUUGUUCUACCCUGGAAUAUCUUUGCAGAAGUGGCAAGAGAGUACACUCAAUAAUCUGGUGGCUAUUGACCGUGCUGGACUGCCAAUUCACUAUUUUCUGAGUCCAGCCAUGUUUCCCGAUCUCCCAAUACCAACUGUCCAUAAACUAGCACUAUCUGUGAAGCAGGCUGCAGGGCGUUACUAUGAAGUCAACACGCAUCCAGGAUGUGUGAAACCAGACUCGAAGAAUUUUAAUUUUCAGGCAAAUGUUGAUGAUGACUCUUGUGAAGGUCCAGCCACAAACCAUAGCUUUGGUGGAGUUUACCAACGAUGCGUUAGAUUAACUGAAGACGCAGAUCCAAUCUGCCAGGCACAGGCACAGAAAAACCCAGCCACAGGUGAUUACUCAUGUAAACAGCCUUACAGUGCUACCCUCUUACGUUCUGAAAUACGAGAAGAGGGUUAUAGUAAAUAUGGGUGCCAUCGCCAAUGCCAUCGGUGUUGGCUUGUUGCAAAGUGCUGUAAAGAUGUCUGUGGAGAUUCUUAUUAUGUUCGACGGGCACGCAUUGACACCUACUGGUGUUCCACAGACCAGAAAGUUCCAGAAUUUUCUGGAUACCUCUUUGGGGGGCUAUAUGGCCCAUCUCUGCAGAACCCAUUAACCAAAUCCAACAGCUGCCCCCCCAACUUUUUUCCACAAAAAUUACUCUCUAAUGGCCUGAUGGUGUGUCUGAGCACUGACUAUGAGACAGGGACAAGGUUCUCUGUUCCAUUUGGAGGUAUUUUCAGUUGCCAGGCCCCUAACCCACUGGCAAGAAAUGAAUCUCGCUGUCCACCACAGUUCAGUCAGCACCUCGCAGCCAUAAGCGACGGAUGUCAGGUCCAGUAUUGUGUUCAGUCAGGUGUGUUCACAGGAGGGCAAUUAUUGCCCAUCCAAUUACCACCUUUUACACGGCCUCCACUGAUGAAGAUGCUUGUCACAAAUACAGUGGCAGUGAUGACAGAAGGUGACCGAGCUUGGGUUAGACUUGGCGAUUCAAAGAUGUGGAAGUUGGCUAAACCUGAGGAAGUGAACCAAAUGUCUAAAAUGUUUGAUGAGUCUUCAUUCCAUAUGACAGGGGGAGAAAAGUUUGGUGUAGCCCUUGGUUUCAUCGCCCUGAUUGCUCUGGUGAUGAUAGUGGUAGUUUUGGUCGUGAAAAAGAGAAAGAGAUUGUCUGGUCUGAGAGGGAAAACAGGAUAUGAGGAGAUUAAUGAUGAUGGAGUGACUGGGAUUGAAGUGGAAGGUGAAACAGAGCAACAGUCAGAGAAUCAGAACGAAAGCCCCACUCAGGCUCUGCUUGAGUGAGAAAGACAAUCCUGAAGUCAGCCAUGAGUACAGAAUAGUAUCUAUGUCAUCAUGGCAUUCUAUAUGAUAU